AUGAAGGAUGUUCAAACAUAUCAAUAUUACAAGAAUAGCAUGAGAAUACAAUCGACUUAUAAGGUUCAGCUAGAAGAAAAUAAUAUUCAUAUAGAAAUUGGUGAAAAUACAGGAAAAUAUACUACAUAUGGAAACUUAUCGACUAAUGUAAUAACAAAAUUAAAAGAUUUUCUUGUUAGAAAUAUUAAUAGUUUUGCCACUACUAUACAAGAGUUCAUAUAUUCUGACCAAUAUGAACAUUGUAUAUUUACCGAAGAGAUACCAUCAGUUGCAUUAAAAUCGUAUCGAAUAUUAAGCAAGGAUGAUCAGUAUAUUCAACAAGAAAUCAAAAUCAGCACCAAUGAUGAAGCGAUAGAUAAUGCUUUGUUAAAUAGAUUAAUAAUAUUAAUUGAUAAGCUCGAAUUAAAUAAACAAGAUGCACUUGAUAAUAUGAAUCAGACACAAGAAUGA